AUGCUUUCCGGAUUGGAACGGCGUCGCCGCGACAAAUUACAGCAACAAGGAAUUUAUUCUACGCACAAGUCCGCACAUUUCACCAGUCCUCUGGGCUUGCCUUGCAACCCACAAACCUCACCCCUUCUCUGUGGGAAUAUCACCGACAUCACAGACCCAACCAAACCCGCUGACGAACUACGCCGCGAAAGACGGGAACGAAAAGAAGACCGCGAACGCGUUCGGGACAUCAACAACAAAUAUAAGGAACUCACUGGUGACUUGCCCCGAAAUAGGGGCCGUAGGACUGGCGAACGCGCAACUGGUGAACGCACAACUGGCGACCGAACAACUGGCGACCGAACAACUGGCGACCGAACAACUGGCGACCGAGCAAACAGAAAACGCGAGCGUGCAGGCCAGCCAGGCCACAUCAACGAGGUCUUCGACUCCACAGCGAAACUUGACCCCUUCGCUGACGACCCAUUUGCAGACGACCCCUUCCCUGACGACCCCUUCCCUGACGACCCCUUCAUUGACAACAUGGACUAG